GGAGGUGGUCAGGGAGGUGGUCAGGGAGGUGGUCAGGGAGGUGGUCAGGGAGGUGGUCAGGGAGGUGGUGGAGGAGGAGGUGGUCAGGGAGGUGGUGGAGGUGGUGCAGGAGGUGGAGGGAAAGAACAAUGUAAGUAUAUGUAUUAUGGGACUCUGCAUUAUGCAUAGAACCUGCGUAAAAGAUCUGAUCGGCGAAAUAUUGAAAUGUUUAUGCGUGCAUCAAUUUAAUUCCAUGAGAUUGAAAACACUUUGUUUUGCCUUAACUAGCGGCGAUAGUAUACGAUAACAGGUGGGAUAAAGUCUUCAUAUCAGUAGCGUAGCAGACGAAAUAGAAGGGGUAGAGGGAUGCGUGACGUCAUCAAGAUAUCGUUGUACGCGUACUGCGAUCAGGGGCAUGAUGGGUUCAUAUGAAGGAUCAAAUGCUCAUAAAAGUUAUCAAAAGCGACAAUCCAUUCCAAAAAGUUGGUUGACGAAGUCGACCAAUUGACGUAAUUUAUCAGUGGCGAAGCCAGUCCGACAAUUUGGUCUGCUAUGCAGAUAUUUCCGUGUUCAUAGACCGUGAAAACAAUCAAUUUCUAAAGAAAUGAAUAUUAAAUGAUAAUGAUUUAAAAUUUGCAUAGCAUAUCUAAAUUGUCGGGCUGGCUUUUGCCACUGCCGCCCCCCCCCCCACCCGCAGGAUUGACGCCCUUGCCAGUUGUCCUACAAAUGGUCAUGAUGACAUUCAAUUCUCUUCAGCACAAGGUGAAUUUGAACAAGAAAGUUUGGAUGCUCACAACAAGUAUCGAGCAAUCCACAACGUUGCCGCGAUGAGACUUAACAAGGAUAUGAAUGCACAGGCUGCCAAAUGGGCUCAAUACUUGACGACGUUAGGAAAAAUGAAACAUGCUGAUAUCAAGGAAAAGAAUGGGAAUGGCGAAAAUAUCUAUUACAGUUGUGGUUUGGCUGUUACUGGUGGUGAUGUUACCACUGCAUGGUUAGUGAGGGGGAACCAUUGUAUCCCCGCUCUUCAACAUAAAAAAGCACCUUAAUUAAAUCAUGUCUGCCGUUCCAAACCUUGUUUUGUAUUAAUCGAGGUUUUCAAAGUUGUAUUAUUUUAGUAAUUUUCCGCUCCUCCUAAACAUCGGGAAUGAGAGUUUACAUCCGGGCAACGAGAUUUUAGCCAAUCGGAGAGCGUUAUUUGCCCCCAUUAGGAGUUCAAAGCUUCAAUUUGUACCUCGAUUUUUCCCACAAUGCCCACUGUUCUGUUAUAAUCACUAUGUACACGAAGUCAAUAAUGGCGGCCAUAUUAAGGUGUAGCGUAUAAAAUGUUUGCCAACGCCGCAGAGGCACUUGCUUGAUACUUAGGUAUAGGUUAAACAUCUCGGACGUCUGCAUUAAACCAGAUAAAUUCAAUAUUUUUGUGUAAAUUCGCCGAGUGCAAAGUCAUUUUGACCGAGGUUGUGACUUUUCUUUGUUAUUUUUACACUUAUGUAUGUUACAUUGAAAGGAAAGGGAGUGACGAGAAGACCACACACAGGGGCGUAGGAACCGGGGGGGCACCGGGGCCACGUGCCCCCCCCCCCCAAGUUUUUCACAGGACAAAAAGUGCCCUUUUUUGGACAAGCUAAUGUCGCUGUAAAUACUAAAUUAACAUCAAAGGUGCCCUUUUUGUUUCGUAAAUUCGAUGUUUUUUAAAAAAAUUUGGUAAAAAACGUGCAAUUUCGGUAUAGUAUGAUGGGAAAAUCCCCCUCCCACGUCGCGAACGUUUCCGGGAAAAAUUUUUUAGGUGCCCUUUUCAAUGUCUAAACGUGCCUUUGAAGCCGGUGCCCCCCCUUAAUGCUUGCUACGCCCCUGACCACACACAGGAAGUCAAAGACUGAGACUGGAACAAUCAGGAUAUGCAUAUCACAGUAUUCGGCUGUUCGAUCAUUAUUUGUUUUUCACGUUGCCAUGGAAUUCUUGAGAAACCGGUCUUGGUCACAUUUAGGACAACUACUGAUUAAUUUUUUAAUAAAACAACGGAAAAUAUAAACUUUAGUGUUUUUUAUAAGUCAGCCAUCUUGGUUCCUCCCCGAAUGAUGUUUUCCACCCCCCGCAGAGCUACACUGCUUCCCCUAGCGUAAAGAUUUGUGACACACGUAUAGCCACAAUAGAACUGUCUAUUAAAUAAUGUUUGUACCAUCAUAUUUUGUCUUCUGUGUACAACGAAACUGAUGACAAAGGUACAUUUAAGGGAAUAUAUUUUCUAAUCUAAAGUGAAUCAACUGUGCGGAAACUAAUUGCAACUUCUUGCACAUUGAAAUCGUACGUGAUUGAACUGUUGAAUAAUUUGAUAUUGUUGAAGGGAUUUGUAGAUGGAAAACUGACGCGCACAAAUUUUCGCCUAGUGGCAUGGAAAAUUGGCUUAACCAGGAGCAGUUGCGAAAAAUGCAACCAACUGCCCUCUGGCAGGAAUUCUUAUUGAACCUGCAACCCUGCGAUUCCGGUGCAGCGCCCUAACCAACUGAGCUACAGAGAGACAGUCGUUGAGCUCUAACCACAAGUUCAUGUAUAAAUAUUAAGGUGACGCCAAUGUAUGGUCCAUGUAUGAUUACCGAUUUAUAGACCGUGAUAAAAUACAAAUUCCGCAUGUCGCUAAUUAAUAUUUCUUUUCUCAAAAUUGUUGGCGAAGAAGGGGGGAGGGGGGGGGAAGGUGAAAAAAAAUUCCGGAUAUAUCAUACCAUUUCGAGUUAAUUACCGUGAUUUGUUACAUUUUUCGGUAAAUGUUUUCAUUAAUUUAUCAAAAUGUUUGCUAUAACUAUUAAUUUUUAAUCGGAACCUUUCGUUCACUACGAAAACAAUUCGAUAAAUUCGUUAUUUGGCCGACAAGAUGUUUUCAUUGGGGGCCGGGAUGUCACACCCCACACACCCGCCUUAUAGCGACGGCCCUGCUCCGCACCUUUUAUAUAUUUUAAAAUGCAGUGAAGCAAAGUUAUUACUAUCAUAUAAAACAAAGAAAAGUAAAUUUUGUCCCCAUAUUUACUCAUAAUUUGGUAACCACUACAGAGAAGCAGAUGAAUUUACAGAAAAUUACAACAGAUUACACGGGAGGGAAAGUUAGUCGGUUCUUGUAUUUUGGCUGUAACAUGACUGGAUGUAACAGGCAAAUAUUAAAUAGAAACUACAUUUCUGAAAAAAAAAUCAAAGACUUUGGGUAUCUCAUUAGAAAUACUUGUUGAAGAUAUUCGUAGAUGAAAAUUUCGAGUGGAAUUUUUAUACACUUAUUAGACGUAUCCUAAAAAAUGCAACCAUCGGCCAUCUGAUAUGCAUAUUCUAAAUCUUUAAGCUACAUGUUACAGUUCAACUGCAAUUUUAUGCCGACGCAGAUGGAGUCUUUUGGAUACGUUGUGGCAACUCCAAGUUGGCGUAUUGCUUAUUUGUUGGUCUUUCUUUUGUGUAGGUAUGCAGAAGUGUGUGACUAUGAUUUUAAUUCCGGAAAAUCUUUCAAUGGCAAAGUCGUUGGUCAUUUCACUCAAGUUGUUUGGAAAACAAGUUUGGAACUUGGCAUAGGCAAGGCUACGAAAGGUCGCUGUACCUAUGUGGUAGGACGUUAUAAACCGGCUGGAAAUUGGAGAGGAAAGGAACCGCAAAAUGUUUUAAAGGGAACUUAUGAUAAAUCGUUCUGUAAAAAUCCCAAAUGGGUGCCUGGUGAUGGUGGUACAGCUGCAGGCGGCCAGGGUGGUGGUGGAGGUGGUGAAGGUUUUGGAGGUGGAGGUGGUCAGGAAGGUGGUGGAGGUGGUGAAGGAGGUGGAGGUUUUGGAGGUGGUCAGGGAGGUGGUGGAGGUGGUGAAGGAGGUGGAGGUGGUGGCGGUUUUGGAGGUGGAGGUGGUCAGGGAGGUGGUGACGGAGGCGGAGGAGGUGGUGGAGGGAAAGAAGAAUGUAAGUAUAUGUAUUAUUGGGCUCUGACUUACGCAUAUAACUUGCGUAAGAUAUCUGAUCAGCGAAAUCUUGAAAUAUUCAUACGUUCAUUAAUUCAAUUGGGAUUGAAAGCACUUUAUUUUGCCUUAACUAGCGGCGAUACGAUGACAGGUGGGAUAAAGUCCUCAUUGGAGGGAUGCGUGACGUCAUCAAGAUAUCGCUGAGCGUAAAAGAAAAGGCGUGCUCCCCAGGAAAAUUUUGAAAUGUCAGGCAUCUCAGAACCUCGGGAAGGCAAUCAAAUUUGCUAGCUGAAUGAGAUUUUCAAGAUUUUCAAAAAAUAUAGUUUUUAAAAAACUUUUUAAAAAAGUUUUAAAAGAGUUUUAAAAAGCAAAAAAAGUUUAAAAAGUUAGAUUUUCAAAAAAGUUAAAAAAGUUAAAAAAGUUAGGGUUAGGGGUUAGUGGUUAGGGUUGGGUUAUAGGGGGGAAUGUCCCUUUGUUCUCCCCCCGUGGCUAGCCACAGCUUUGCUUAAUAUGAAAAAUUUCAUCUCACUUCACUUACAUCUCUAGACUUGCUCCAAGUCUCUCUUUCAUUGUCAUAUAGUAUCGAUCCACUAUAGGUGUCGUGUAAUGUACACUAUAGUGGAUCGAUACUAUAUGACAAUGAAAGAGAGAUUUGGAGCAAGUCUACUUACAUCUCAUGCACCUGGCACAAGGUGGGAUCUCACCUAGCCGGGCCAAUGAACUCAAUCUAUUUUAAUUUUCCUGAUACGAUAACACUUGGUCAUUUGGCAGUUAAAAAGCACUCCACGCCAUUUCCACGCCCAAUUUCGUUCCCCGAGCCGGUGAUCCUCGGAAAGGAACGUGAGGCUCUGGGAUAAUCCGUUGCCGGAAGCCAGGAAUCCUGGCUAAGACCGAACUGCGCAUUCGAAAGCAACGGCCAAUCAGAUUCCUCCCUGAAACGGAUUAUCCCAGAGCCUCACGUUCCUUCCCGAGGAUCUCAGGCUCGGUGAACGAGAUUGUUCCACGCCAUAUAGUACGUCAGUUUCAGUCCCUUUAUACGCCAUCACCGCGCGGUCUAUCACGAAUUAGCGCGCGUCAGAACUCCGGUGUUAACAUGAAGUGGUGUUGACAUUGGCUUCAGGGGCGAAACUAGCCCUUUUAAUUCGGGGGGGGGGGGUGUCUGCCAGAAUUGCCAAAAAAUUGUUUUCCGGAAAUUUAAAAAAAGGUCGAAAUUCAAAAGGGCAUUCUCUUUAAGCACAAGGUGAAUUUGAACAAGAAAGUUUGGAUGCUCACAACAAGUAUCGAGCAAUCCACAACGUUGCCGCGAUGAGACUUAACAAGGAUAUGAAUGCACAGGCUGCCAAAUGGGCUCAAUACUUGACGACGUUAGGAAAAAUGAAACAUGCUGAUAUCAAGGAAAGGAAUGGGAAUGGCGAAAAUAUUUACUACAGUUGUGGUUUGGCUGUUACUGGUGGUGAUGUUACCACUGCAUGGUUAGUGAAGGGGGAAGCAUUGUAUCCCCGCUCUUCAACAUAAAAAAGCACCUUAAAACAUAUCUGCCGUUCCAAACCUUGUUUUGUAUUAAUCGGGGUUUUCAAGGUUGUAUUAUUUUAGUAAUUUUCCACUCCUCCUAAACAUCGGGGAUGAGAGUUUACAUCCGGGCAACAAGAUUUUAGCCAAUCGGAGAGCGUUAUUUGCCCCCAUUAGGAGUUCGAAGCUUCAAUUUGUCCCUCGAUUUUUCCCGCAAUACCCAUUCUAUUCUGUUAUAAUCUUUAUUUACAUGAAGUCAAUAAUGGCGGCCAUAUUAAGGUGUAGCAUAUAAAAUGUUUUUCAAGUUACACAGGCCGCAGAGGCACUUGCUUGAUACCUAAGUAUAGGUUAAACAUCUCGAUCGUCUAGAUCUGCUUACCCUGGAUUCCAGAGCCUUCAGUAAAUAAUAAAUUGAAACGUCGUGAAGGCUCUGGUUCAACGGGAGGAUUCUUUGAUUAAACCGCGCCAAUCACAAACCACUAAUUCUGUUUUGUGAUUGGCGCGGUUUAAUCAAGACUUUGGGUAUCUCAUUAGAAAUACUUGUUGAAGAUAUUCGUAGAUGAAAAUUUCGAGUGGAAUUUUUAUACACUUCUUAGACCUAACCUAAAAAUGCAACCAUCGGCCAUCUGAUGUGCAUAUUCUAAAUCUUUCAGCUACAUGUUACAGUUCAACUGCAAUUUAUGCCGACGCAGAUGGAGUCUUUUGGAUACGUUGUGGCAACUCCAAGUUGGCGUAUUGCUUAUUUGUUGGUCUUUCUUUUGUGUAGGUAUGCAGAAGUGUGUGACUAUGAUUUUAAUUCCGGAAAAUCUUUCAAUGGCAAAGUCGUUGGUCAUUUCACUCAAGUUGUUUGGAAAACAAGUUUGGAACUUGGCAUAGGCAAGGCUACGAAAGGUCGCUGUACCUAUGUGGUAGGACGUUAUAAACCGGCUGGAAAUUGGAGAGGAAAGGCACCUGAAAAUGUUUUAAAGGGAACGUAUGAUAAAUCGUUCUGUAAAAAUCCCAAAUGGGUGCCUGGUGGUGGUGGUGUAGCUAGAAGCGGCCAGGGUGGUGGUGAAGGUCAGGGAGGUGGGGGUGAGGGAGGUGGAGUAGGUGGGAGAGGUAGAGGUGGGGGAGGUAGAGGUGAGGGAGGUGGAGGAGGUAUGGCUGAAGGAGGUGGGGGAGGUAGGGGUGGGGGAGGUAGGGGUGGAAGUCAAGGGGGCGCUGGUAUGGGUGGAAAUCAGGGGGGUGGUUCAAGUUGGAGCACAAAAUGGGGAGGAAAUCAAGGUGGUGGUGGUGGUAACAGCUGGAGUACGAAAUGGGGAGGUGGUAAAGGUAAUGGCGGAGGUGGGGGCAGCAACUGGAGCACAAAAUGGGGAGGUGUGGGUGGCGGAAAUAACUGGAAUGGCAAUUGGGGAGGGGGUGGGUCCCAAGCAUCACAAAAGUACGAAGAUAAGCCAUAA